CCCUCCGCGACGGCCGUAAUGGCGGCGGGACUGUGCCGAGCUUUCGGAGCGCUCCUGUUGUCGGCCGCGCCGCUCCGUCCCCGGUUCUCCGUUCCGCCGCUUUUUUUUCCUCCGUCCGGUGUGGCGGGGGGAGUGCUGGCGGCUGCCUGCCGCGGGCUGGGCGGUUCGGUGCCUCGCUGUACCACCAACCCCCUGUGGAAGUGCCGGGUCAAGUAUACGGUGCGGCCGGUGGGCAUGAAGAAAACGGGUGGCCGAGACCACACAGGCCGCAUCCGUGUGCGGGGGAUCGGCGGGGGACACAAGCGACGGUACCGAAUGAUCGAUUUCCAGCGGCUUCGUUACGAGGAGGGGGCCCCACCGGAGCCCUUCACUGAGAAGGUCAUCCACGUCCGCUAUGACCCUUGCAGGUCAGCUGACAUCGCGCUGGUGGCCGGCGGCAGCCGAAAACGCUGGAUCAUCGCCACGGAGAACAUGCAGCCGGGGGACGUCAUCAAGAACUCCUCUCACAUCGGCAGGAUGGCAGUAUUGGCCAACGAAGGGGACGCUUACCCGCUGGGGGCUCUGCCCAUCGGCACGCUGAUCUGCAACUUGGAGAGCCACCCGGGGAAGGGAGCGCAGUAUAUCCGGGCAGCCGGGACUUGUGGGGUGCUGCUGAGGAAGGUGAACGGGACGGCCAUCGUGCAGCUGCCCUCCAAGAGGCACAUGCAGGUGCUGGAGACCUGCGUGGCCACGGUGGGCCGCGUGUCCAACGUCGACCACAACAAACGGGUGAUCGGGAAGGCGGGCCGGAACCGGUGGCUGGGCAAGCGCCCGCACACGGGCUUGUGGCAUCGCAAGGGCGGCUGGGCCGGACGCAAGAUCAAGCCUCUCCCACCCAUGAAAAGCUACGUCAACCUGCCGCGGGUCACGGCACAGGAGUGAUGCCGGGCAGGGGGGCCAAUAAAGCGUUCUCCAUGCCA